CAGGCGAGCGAACCAACCAGCCCUAGCUAUCGGGAACGGACGGACAAGCGAGAGGCCGGCCAGGCGCCGUGCUGGCCUUUCUUACGCUCGCUGCGUUCGAGGCCUGCCCGGGAGUGGAGUGUCCAACACCCAAGGGAGCCUCUUUGCCAUGCAGGCCCGGCGGCGUCCGCUGCCGCCUACCGAGGAUCAAGCAGAACAUACAGAUUCAAUUCCACUAGUUGAUCGUGCAGUGUAUAUCAUGGAUAGACAUUGGCUCAUUCGUUUCUUAAUGUGUGAAUAGGAGAAAAAGGAAUGCUCAUAAGAAGCUUGUGUAUUAGACAGAGAGAAAGCUUUAGAAAGCGGCGUGAGAGGCUUGCUUGCAGCAGUUUUUUUUUUUUACUUGUGGCAGCUGCAUAUGUCUAACAAAUGAAUUGUGUCACUUAUUGACCACAAGCAAGGCUCACAGUUUUGAACACUAUCAACUACUUCAAGAUUGAUUUGAAUGAUGGCAUGAAACAUUGCAGGCUCUGCUUCUGAUGAAAUGGUUGACCCAUUCACUGUCUGCAGGAACGGAUCAAUUGUUCAGACAAGGAGCUGGGUGGCAUUUCCUGACAAAUGGAGAACUAUUUCCAGGCAGAGGCUUAUAACCUUGAUAAGGUUUUAGAUGAACUUGAACAAAAUGAAGAUGAGGCAAUUUCACCUACCUUGUUGGAUGCAAAGUGGAAUCAGAUCCUAGAUCCUCCUUCUCAUCGGCUGUCUUUUAACCCAGCUCUGGUCAAUGUGAAUGAAUCCACAAUUCCUAAUGAGUGUCCGCAGAAACUGAAAUCAUUCUCCUUGUCUCAUUUAGCAACUGCAUCGUUAGGAGGAGGGGACUGUUGUUCUAAUGGAAGGAAUCUUAAUUUAAGACAAGAAAGCUCAAACAUGUGGAUUGAUGAUCAUGCAACAACAGAUGAUCAGCUAGUUAAGAGAAAUAGCAGUAGAAAUGCUCAGUACAAUGUUAUGGAUGAAGAAGAAAGAAGAAAGAAACCAGAGGAAAAAAAUGUGCUCGUAGUAGCAGUCAUGCAUAACUGUGAUAAAAAAGCUUUGCAAAGUGAUUUGUUAGAUUGUAAAAAUCACAGCAAUUCCCCCAUAAUGGAUACUGUUAGCUUUACACUGGAUAAUGGAACCCAACAAACUGAUCACCUUGAUGUUACUGUAAACGGGUCUACUGAGAAAGAUACUGAUACUGAAAAAGAAGCAGUACAAGCAAACAGGCUGCAUGCAGAAGAAGAUGCUGACAACCAUUGUAGUGUUGCUGCUUCUGAUUGCUUAUCCAGUGGAUAUUCUUCUCCUCAGUUAAAGGAGAAUGAUAAUACACAUAAAGAUUUUCAUUUCUCAGAAACUACAGCAGCAGGGAUGAAUGUAGUUACGUUGCAGAGGCCAGCUGGCCCUAGUGUUAAAAUGCAACAAAGCUGUGUGUCAGAUGAGGGUUUUGAUACUCAUGCUGUUGCUCAGAGAGCACAGCUAGAAACUAGAAACUGCUCGUCUAGUUCACACAAUGGUGGUUUGUCCACAGAGGUUUCUGUAGCAGAGCAAAAAACACAACCAUUUCAAUCAGGGAUACCUGAGCUCUCUGCAACUUGUCAGCUAAAUACAUUUGGAAGUGGCAAUCACUGUACGUGUUCUGGUGGACAUUUGGCCUCUAGGGAUGCAAGUGCUGUUGAAAAUGAAGCUAACAAAUAUGAAAAAAUUCUCAACACAACUGAAUUGCUCAGCAUGGCAGUUUGUUUAUCAGAAUCUCAGGAGAUGACAAAUGGGGAACUGACUAAAGAAAAUGAGAUCAGUAAUGAGCAAACAUGUGGGGAGAAUGAAGGAUUGUUGCAUACAGCAAAGCACGAGGAAGCAUGUAGAAGUAAUGGAGAUAGCGAUGGCAUGACAGAAGCAAAUCAUGACUUAAAGGGGACACAUAUAGAUGAGCUUGAAGAUUCGAGUCCCAGUGAUGUCAUGGGUACAUCGGCAUUGAGUGGUCUGCUCAAUUCUUGUGAUUCCUAUGGAAUACGGAACCCAACUCUUGCUCAUAUUCCAAAGACUUUACCCUCCAAGGAAGAUUCUGUGACUGAGGAAAAGGAGAUAGAGGAGAGCAAAUCGGAAAGUUAUAAUAAUGUGUAUGAACAAAGAGGAAAUGAAGCCACAGACAGGAGUGGACUCAUUUUGAACUGCACUGGUGACCAAAUGAAAAAAAACAAUUUACAUAAUCUCUGCAGUCAGGUACCAUCUGAACCAAGUCAAGCAUCACCAAAACCAGCCGCUAAUCUGCAACCUCUCAGUGUUCCUUUCGGUGGUGCUCGACCCAAGCAGCCGACAAAUCUUAAACUACAAAUUCCAAAGCCAUUAUUAGACCAUUUACAAAAUGGUCUGGUUCCUCCAAACUGUGGAGGAAACAGUAAAAAUAAAAAUGAUAUAUCUGGGAAAAUAAAAGUAGGUGAAAACGUAGCAGCAAAUGUAUUUUCUGAUGAAACGUCACUGAAUGCUUCAGUUACAGAUAUUGGUGGAGAGCAUUCAGAUGAGUAUGAGUCUGGGGUUUCUAGUAGUUCAUGCCUUGCAGCAGCCUCAGAUAGUCCAGACAACGAUCUUGGAGCUGGCCAUUUUGAAGUUCCUACAAGAAAGCCAUUUACUACUUUGGGGGAAGUGGCUCCAGUUUGGGUUCCAGAUUCUCAGGCGCCAAACUGCAUGAAAUGUGAGGCCAGAUUUACAUUCACUAAAAGGCGGCACCAUUGCAGAGCUUGUGGAAAGGUCUUCUGUGCAGCCUGCUGCAGUCUAAAAUGCAAACUGCUAUAUAUGGACAGGAAGGAAGCGAGAGUAUGUGUAAUUUGCCAUUCGGUACUAAUAAAUGCACAAGCCUGGGAGAACAUGAUGAGUGCCUCAAGCCAGAGUCCUAAUCCUAACAAUCCUGCGGAGUACUGUUCUACCAUUCCUCCCUUACAGCAAGCACAGGCUUCUGGAGCUCUGAACUCUCCACCACCCACCGUUAUGGUACCGGUGGGAGUCUUAAAGCAUCCAGGUGCAGAAGUGACUCAGCCCAGGGAACAAAGACGUGUUUGGUUUGCUGAUGGCAUCUUACCCAAUGGAGAAGUUGCUGAUGCAGCCAAAUUGACAGUGGCUGGAACAACCCCCACUGGUGCACUAGCAGUGUCACAUGAUCCAAGCAAGCCCAUGAGCAACAAUACUUCACCAGCAGAGACUGAAAACACACUGGCAUUUUCAAGAAGUAUAACUCAGGUUGGAAGUCCAGUUGGCUGUGCAAUGAAUCUUAUUCCAGAAGAUGGGCUUCCUCCAAUUCUCAUUUCUACUGGUGUGAAAGGAGAUUAUGCUGUAGAAGAAAAACCAUCUCACAUAUCAGUGAUGCAGCAGUUGGAAGAUGGUGGCCCUGACCCUCUUGUGUUUGUUUUAAACGCAAAUUUGCUGUCCAUGGUUAAAAUUGUGAACUAUGUGAACAGAAAGUGCUGGUGCUUUACUACAAAGGGAAUGCAUGCUGUAGGCCAGUCUGAAAUAGUAAUUCUUCUCCAGUGUUUACCUGAUGAGAAGUGUUUGCCCAAGGAUAUCUUCAACCACUUUGUGCAGCUUUAUCGAGAUGCUUUGGCAGGUAAUGUUGUGGGUAAUUUAGGACAUUCAUUUUUCAGUCAGAGUUUCCUUAGCAGUAAGGAGCAUGGUGGCUUCUUGUAUGUUACACCUGCAUAUCAGUCACUGCAGGACUUGGUGCUCCCCACCCCACCAUAUUUAUUUGGAAUUCUUAUCCAGAAAUGGGAGACUCCUUGGGCCAAAGUAUUUCCCAUCCGACUGAUGUUGAGACUUGGAGCUGAAUACAGAUUGUACCCGUGUCCGCUUUUCAGUGUCAGAUUUCGUAAGCCAUUGUUUGGAGAGACUGGACACACAAUUAUGAAUCUUCUUGCAGACUUCAGAAAUUACCAGUAUACAUUGCCGGUUGUCCAAGGCUUAGUGGUUGAUAUGGAAGUGAGGAAAACCAACAUCAAAAUUCCCAGCAACAGAUACAAUGAGAUGAUGAAAGCCAUGAACAAGUCCAAUGAGCAUGUUCUAGCAGGUGGGGCAUGCUUCAAUGAGAGGGCAGACUCUCAUCUUGUGUGUGUGCAGAAUGAUGAUGGGAACUACCAGACACAGGCCAUCAGUAUUCAUAAUCAACCACGGAAGGUGACUGGGGCCAGCUUCUUUGUGUUCAGUGGAGCUUUGAAAUCUUCUUCAGGCUAUCUUGCAAAAUCCAGUAUUGUAGAAGAUGGUGUCAUGGUCCAGAUAACAGCUGAAAAUAUGGACUCCCUGAGGCAGGCUCUGAGGGAGAUGAAAGACUUCACUAUUGCUUGUGGUAAAAUGGAUGCUGAAGAGCCUCAAGAGCAUGUGCACAUUCAGUGGGUGGAGGAUGACAAAAACUUCAACAAGGGUGUUGUAAGCCCCAUUGAUGGAAAAUCUAUGGAAUCUAUCACAAGUGUGAAGAUAUUCCAUGGCUCAGAGUAUAAAGCUAAUGGGAAGGUCAUUAGGUGGACGGAGGUUUUCUUUCUGGAAAACGAUGACCAACAUAAUGGCCUAAGUGACCCAGCUGACCACAGCAGGCUGACUGAGAAUGUAGCUAAGGCUUUCUGCCUGGCCUUGUGUCCUCAUCUGAAGCUGCUGAAGGAAGAUGGAAUGACCAAAUUGGGUUUACGUGUUACGCUUGAUGCUGAUCAAGUUGGUUACCAGGCUGGGAGCAAUGGCCAGCCACUGCCUGCUCAGUACAUGAACGACCUGGACAGUGCCUUAGUUCCAGUGAUUCAUGGAGGGGCAUGCCAGCUGAGCGAAGGCCCAGUCAUAAUGGAGCUUAUCAUUUAUAUUCUGGAAAACAUCUCAUAAGGACUUCAUUUUCUGUUCAGACCUGUUCCAGCAGCAGCUGUAUCUGAAUCAUUUGCACUUUAAAACUGGAAAAUUAAGCUUUUUGUUAACACUAUUAUGAGGGGGUGGGUGAGGGAUUGGGAACAGUUGUUCCAUAAUUCUGAAUUGUCUAUGCAUUUGUCAACAGGAUCAGGGCAGCUUCUAUACUACAAAAUGGCUAGACUAUCUUUGCAGCUAAUACACUUAUGUUACAGAUUAGAAACCAUUAGACCAUUAGAAAUAAUGGUCAUGUUUUAAAACAAUUGCAGUCAUGUAUUCAAUGCUCAAACGGGUGCAGAGAUCACUGGGGAGUAAAUAAAAAGGAAAGGAAAUAACAUUUCUAGUGUUUGUAGAUGAACUUAUUAUGAAGAUCUCCAUUCUGACCUCACUAUACUGCCACUUGUGGUUAAUUUCUCUAGACAUUGAAAAUAUCGUUUACAUUAUUUUGACCAGAUUAUUGGUUGAAGUACCUCCAAGACAUGUUGGGAUAUUCUAUAGAAAUGUACAGAAAGAAAGCAGCAUGACUGAGGGAAUCUUCUAUGUCUGUCCCAAGCAAAGCAGAAAUCUCUCUAGAAGCGGUGUGUAAAUGAAGCUUGCAGCUUUGUGUGUAUAAAUAGGAUAGUUUUACCUUUUUUUCUUUACUUGUGAUAAAACUGUCCCCCAGGUCAGAUAACUUGGCAAACAUCUGCCCUCAUAAGUUUUGUUUCAUUUUCUCUGAAUGUUGAAAGAGCCUUCCAAAGGCAUGAGAAUUGUUAGCCUUAAAGAGGAAGUUACUAUGGAAUUUGUUCUCUUUCUGGUUGGUCCUGCUUUUUUUUUAAUGUAACUGUUUAUUUUCCCUAUUUGGUACGUACUGUACUUAUAUUAUCCCUACCAUUCAGCCUGCACUUACCUAACACUUUAUAGUAGCAGCACUCUGUAAAGCUAGCCUCUGAGAACUAAUAGUUUGGCUGCUGUUGCAUGUUUUGCUUUCACUUCAGGCUGGGAAGUUUGCACUACGUUUCACCUGAGAGGGCAUGUAGGAGAAGAACAGCUUGAGCCCUUUUGCUGCAGUGUAUAAAGCUGGCAAUGAGAGUAAGUGAAAGAAUAUGAGAGCACUUUCCUAUUAAAUCUAAUUUCCACCCCUGAGCAACUGAUAACCCAGUUGGAAAUAGCUAUCCAAAGGAGUGAAAAGGCACAUUUAGGCCUGGGCUGUGGAGUCGGUACGCCAAACCUUCGACUCCGACUCUAUUUUUCUACUGUCCCACUCCGACUCCACCCAAAAUUGCUUCCAACUCCACAGCCCUGGAAAGGGCUGUAAAUGUCUUUUUAAAUUGGAAGCUCUCGUAGGAGCAUUUUUAUCGCUUCCUGAAUAUGAGCUGAUCUUGGCAUCACAGCAUUUGUCUUCAUCUGGGUCCUGUGUCAUACACUGACAUACAGUGUUUUCCAUCUUGAGUUACGGUGAAAUGCUCAACUACAGCUGACUUCAUGGGAAGCUUCUUUGACAUUUUGAAUUUAUAUUUUAAAAAAUUUGUCAAUCAAAAUUUAUUUUGAAGCCAGAGUCGGUACAUUUCUUCCGACUCCACCCAAAAUUGCUCCCGACUCCACAGCCCUGGUUUAGGCUUCAGCAAGACACAGCAGCUGUAAUUCAGACCAGCCCCCACCCAUGUGUAAGGAGGAAAUGGACUGUGUUAGGUCUUUUAAACAAUCUGAAAUUGGAGCAGCAUGGGCAAGCAGGUGAGCAAUCAGAGGAUUUUUUUAAAAAAAGAAAAAACUCAAAUUUAUACAGCAGCAACAGCUCUGAUAGUUACCUUUUCUCUGUAGGGAGCAAAGCAUAGUUGAGGAAAUUGCUAGCCGAAGGUUUGUAAAACCCCUCUUCAUACAGCCUAAUAUAAACUGCAACUAGACCAGAGGAGGACAAGGCUAUUAGAAUUAGACCUCAAAUUAAAUGGCCUGAGAAGUUAAUCCUGCCUGAAUAUAACACCAUUCUACUGAAUUUAUUAAUGGCUGGCCACAUUGUAUGAAAACAAUUAAAUUCUUAGGCCAUGCUGAACCUGAAAGAACUCAGGUGCUCAAUAUUCUGCUAUAGGAGGUAGGGUGGGCAUUAAUUGGCACCUGUGCAAUCCUUUGCAGAAGAAGGACCUUGUGUUUCCUGUUUUUUAUUUUCCUUGCAUAUAAAAGUUGCUUUUAAAAUUUCCUUCCUUCUGUGACAACAUUCAGUUUUAAUGAUAGAAUCUCAUCUAUUUAUUUAUGUAGCCACAGUAGAUUCCAACCUCAAGAGAUGGCUUUCCAACUGCACCACAAAAGCAGCUUUUUCAGUAACUUAGUUUUGCAUUAAAAUUACUGAUAUGGGGGGGAAAUUGGACUUUUUUCUUCCUCCUUCCCCCCUGCAAAAAUCAUUUGUGUGGGUCGUGUUUGUGCAAAAUGCUAUUGACUGACUGGUUUGCUUCAACCAUAGCCUUUAAAAUGACCUUAAAAUUUACCAUAUUGUUAAGAAAUGAGUACUUGUUUAAAGAGAAAAAUGUACUUUUAAAAUUCAGUUAACACUGCAAAAGACUGCAUAUUAUAUUUUUAUUUUCAACAUGUAGUUUUGUAUAUUAAAUUUAUUAAAAUUAAAAAUGAAUAUUUUAUUGUCUCUGUCCACUUAAGGUAAAUAGAAAUUGCUGCCUGCAUGGCAGACUUUGAUCAGGUACAUACUGUGAAGGUCUUCUGCAACUAGGC